AAAAUCCAAUCAAUUUUGUUAUAAAUUUGAACAACAUAUUAUUAGAACUUAUGGUUUUACAAAAGAUCCUAAAUUUGAUGAUUAUAUAUUAGUUAUGCAAUAUGCAUCAGGAGGAGAUUUACAUAAUUGGAUACAAGAAAAUUUUCUAAGAAUUACGUGGAGUAAACAAAAAUUAGUUAUUUUAUGGGAGAUUUCGGAAGGACUUGAGACUAUUCAUAAAGCAGAUUAUGUGCAUCGCGAUUUUCAUAGUGGAAACAUAUUAUUUAAUUUGUCAAAUAAAGUAGGACAUCAAUGGCAAAUUGGAGACUUAGGAUUAUCACAACCUGCAAAUAGCACUUCCAAUAAUGAAAUAUAUGGAGUAAUACCUUAUAUUGCACCUGAAAUAUUUAAAGGGUCUCCAUUUUCUAAAAAAUCUGAUGUUUAUUGUAUGGGAAUGAUUAUGUGGGAACUUACAGCAGGCUGUAAACCUUUUGCUAAUGUUGAGCAUGAUUUCAUAUUGAUUUUUAAAAUUCUUGAUGGAGAACGACCUGAAAUUACAUUAGAUACACCAGAAUGUUUUGCUAAUUUAAUGAAAAGUUGUUGGGAUCCUGAUCCUGAGAAAAGACCUUCCAUGAAAGAAGUUCGUAAUACUUUGGUUAGUUGGUCUUUAAGAAAUAUAAAUAUCGAACAAUUUAUUCAAGCAGAAAUAAAAAGAAAAGAGUUAAUAAAGUCAAAGAAGCUUCCUAAGUUUAUUAAUCCACAUUCAAAAGCUAUUUAUACGAGUAGAUUAUUAAGCUUUUUUAUAUCUAAAUGUUCGUCCAUUUAUUCUUCAAAAGGUAUUUGCUAG